UAAGGGUUGAUUGAGAGGUUAGCUGCGGUGGGGAAUGUUAGUGAGCAGUGAGGAACACCACUAGGGAGGUCUUCAACCCAUGCGGUUAAUUGGCAAGAAUUCAACUACUCUAAAGUCUCGCCGAAGAAGGAAGGAAGCCUCGCCAAGGAAGGAAGCCUCGCCAAGGAAGGAAGCCUCGCCAAGGAUCAGGGAUGGUUGUUGAGGAGAGGCUGGGAGUGUACCAUGGGCAGGAUUACAGCAAGCUGAGGGCUCAGUGUUGGGUCCAGGACAGGUUGUUCCAGGACCCAGAGUUCCCCGCAGACCAAAGGUCUAUCGGGUUCCACACGACGCUCCAAUGGAAGAGACCAAAGGAGCUGGUUGAUAACCCCAAGUUCAUGGAUCAUGCUGACAGAUUCUCCGUGGUGCAGGGGGAGCUGGGAGAUUGUUGGUUCGUGUCAGCAAUGUCAGCCAUAACUCUCAACCCUGGACUGCUGCGACGCGUGGUACCUAAUGACCAGGACUUUACCACUACAAAGUACGCAGGAAUCUUCCACUUCAGAUUGUGGCAGGGUGGUGAGUGGGUGGACGUGGUAGUGGAUGAUCGUCUGCCAGUCACUGCAGACAACCAACUCUGCUUCUCACACUCCGCCAACCAUGCAGAGUUCUGGUCAGCUCUCCUUGAGAAGGCCUACGCAAAGUUACACGGGUCUUAUGGAGCUCUGAACGCUGGCAAGUGCUACGAGGCGACCGAAGACCUGACGGGGGGAGUGACGGAGAGGUUUCUCCUGCAGCGAGAGACGCCACCACACAAUCUUUAUUCCAUCAUAGAGCAAGCCAGCCACCGAGGCUCACUUAUAACAUGCAACUCCCAGGGUCAGGUAGAGGAGCGGCUCUGUGGGCUGGUGGCAGGUCACGGGUAUUGCGUCACGGGGGUCAAGUUGUGUAAGGUCAAUACACCUUGGCUCACACACGUCCAGUUGCUGCGUCUCAGGAACCCUUGGGGAGAUGGCCAUGAGUGGAGGGGCGCCUGGUCAGACGACUCUGAGGAGUGGAGGCUGGUGCCCAAGGAAGACAAACUCAGACUGAGGCUCCAGGCUGCCGACGACGGUGAAUUCUGGAUGACUUUCCAGGCAUUCAAAGAGAACUUCGAGGAGGUGUAUAUAACGAGUCUGAACCCGCACACUCUCAACAAGGAGGCGCUGGAACAUCUGUACACACUGGCUGAUGUUGUCACUCAUGUCUUACACCACCCGGAAGAGAAGAGGCAGCAGCAGCAGGACAAGCUCACACGCAGAAAGUUGUGGGAGGUGGUCAAGUAUGACGGGUCCUGGGUGAGGAAGGUCACCGCAGGAGGCGCUCCCAAUGACUUGAGACUCUUCAGCAGUAACCCCCAGUAUCUGCUACACCUGAAGGAGGCUGACGACGAGGCUAUGGAGGGUGGCACUUGUACUGUAGUCAUCUCCCUCACUCAAAAACAUCGCAGGGUCAACAACCUGCCACUCCUGCAGGUCGCCGUCAGCGUCUACCAGAUGGAGGACGGAGAAGCGGUGACGACACCGCUACAUGUAUCCUGGUUCAGACUCAAUCGUCCGCUGCUCCUGACGAAGUUUGUCAGAACCCGCACGGUGACCCGCCGCCUGCACCUACCGCCAGGGAGGUACAUCAUCAUCCCCUGCACCCACAGCCCUGACCAGGAAGGAGACUUUCUCCUGCGUGUGUUCUGCCAGAAGUCUGCCACCAUGAAGGAGCACGACGAGAGUCCCAUGCUGGUGGAUACCCACCUUGAGAUGGGAGACAAGGUAGACUCAAGAAGCACUCGUGAAGAGAGUAGCAGUUCGUGUAUCCAGAAAGACGACUUCCUUGCUGCUGCAGGGGAAGACGGAAGGAUGACUGCCGCCAUCCUACAGAAUAUCCUCAAUUUCCUCUUCUCGGGAGAGUUGGAGUUCUCGCUGGACCUCACUCGCAGCCUCCUGGCCAUGAUGGACCGCAAUUUCUCAGGCAACGUCGAUUUUUAUGAGUUUGAUACCUUGGUGUGUUGUCUCAGGCGAUGGAUGGCUGUGUACAAGAGGAAGAGCGAGGCUGAGACUGGCCUGAUAUCAGGGAGUGUCUGGGGUCUGGGAGAUGCUCUCAGGGAGCUGGGUUACCUGCUGCCCCGCCGCCUGCAGGCUCUUCUGGUAGUUAGGUUUGGCGACCAAGAAGGCAACAUCUCCCUCAGGGACUUCAUUAUGGCCACCUGCAGAAUAUCCGUCAUGCUGGAUCGAUUUCAAAAACACUGUAGUGAUGGAAUGGAUACUGCUGCAAUAUGCCUCUCCGAGUGGCUUCAAGAUGCACUCUACUGCUGAAACUCAGUCAUCGCUAACAAUAGUGCUGGCGCAUAUAUUUUGCUGAUGUACUACUAAUAGCGCACAUUACUGCUUGCUGACGUUACUGGUAGGUAUGUUUGUCAGGGAAACAGGACAAGUGUUUCCUGACGCGGGUCUUAGUCAUACGAUGACCCACAGUUGGAGUUUUUGGUCAUCUGACUGAGGAUUUCCGCUGGCCUACCUGUCCACCUCUUUAAAAAUCAUGGCUAUAAUUAUAACCACUAUUCUCAUGUUGCUGCUGACGCAUGUUACUGUUGAUGCAUGUUACUGUUGACGCACGCUACCGCGGUCACGACUGCAAGCGCACUGCGUAUGUUACUGCUGACAAUACUACUGAAAAACGCUACUGCUCUGGAAAGUUACUGCUAACAACGAUACCAAAAGAAACUAGAAAAUAUUUCUAGUUUUAGACAACUGGAACAGGAUCUACAAGCCAAUAUAAAACAAACACUUAAGCCAAAUUUUAAGUCGGUGGGAGAAUUGGACUUGCCUCGCAUGGGCCAGUAGGCCUGCUGCAGUGUACCAUCUUCCUAUGUUCUUUUGUUCUUAAAUUUUAAGGAAAAAAAAAUAGACGAAGGCCACAGAUACGACGUCGCUCUUUAAUCUUCAUGAUUGUGCAUGUUAAGUUUGAAGACUACUGGCCGCAGGAAGGUCAAUAUCGCCUACAAACCAUCUCAAGAAUACUUUAAUAUCCAAAAUAUGGAUAAAAAUAUUUUACCUCUAAAUACGUCUGCGUGUACACACACACACACACACACACACACACAAAAUUGUGAAAUGCAGUGAUAAACCCAGUAUUAAAAAAAAAAACUAAAACUUCGCAUCCGCCAUCAUUAUGACUGGUAUCAUUACCUGGACUCAUUUAGAUGCUAACAUAUCUAGUGGAAACAAGUCAUGCUGUUUAAUUUAGAUUAUCCUCUUCACAUAUGCUAUGUAUGUACACCAACAUGUAUGUAGAAUUUCCGUAGACUGACUCCCACUGCCUCGAACUGCAGUUUGGGUCUUCAUUUGCACAAAAUUCAGAAAAGGAAUCUAACUAUAUUGCUAUUAUUUUUAACACUGGAUCAAGAGCCCCUCUCCAGCAUCAAUGAAGGGAGCUGCAACAUGAAGAGGCCAGUCCCGGGCUGGCCUGGCUGUGAACCAGCCUGGCUAGCGAAGAUUUACACCUAUUCGAUGUAUACUGUACCACCCGACUAUAUAACCCAAAGCUAUUAUUAAGUAUAAUUAUUACAUGCAAAAAAGGCAGAGGCGGCUCCAGAAUUUCUGCAUGGGGAUGUCAGGGGUGGUGGCUAUGAGAGUUUUUAAACAGCGUUAUUACUACGUUUUACUAAGGGGCUUCGGAAGGGAGGGAGGGAAGGGGGGUUGAGUGAAUUUUGAGGGCUUCCCCCACCAACUUCGAAAUAAUUUUGCACCAUCAAAUAUUUGUAAAACAGUCUGUGCACUGCUAUAAAUAAUUGAAUUAAAACUAAAGCCGAGAUGGCCACACACCUCCAUAACUAAAAUCAAUUUAAAUCAACCUGUCAUUAGAAUGUCAUUUCAAGGAAAAUAUUAAAAUUUAAAUGUUAUAUUCAAGUCAUGAGGAAUGUUAGGGAUGAGAGGCAAUCGCAGUAUCCAAGGGGCAGGCACCUCCAAAUUCCAUGGCCCAAGAGCCCCUCACCAGCGCCAAGGCACCUCUCGAAGGGUUAAUUUCAUUGCACUGACAUUCACUAUGAAUGUAUAUGUCCUUGUUACUGAUAAUCAAGGUCACGGAUUAUAACCAGAACGAUUCAUUGUGUAAAUAAAGUGUACUUCAGCCAG